GUAUCGUAUGUAGGGAAGUUGUGGCUAAGGUUCUUUUUUGGGUUUGGAGCAAGUUCCACCCAAGGAACACGAAUCCACUCAGCAAUCCCCCUGCUCGCUCAGAAGUUAGAGAUGCUCAUACUGUGAAUUAAAGUAUUCUAUUCUAAUAUACUCCGAGUGCUCAAUUACACAACGUCCAAUUUUCCACAACCAACGGUCAACAUCGACAUUCGGCCAUCUGGGUUCAUUGUAACUCUUUUGAUUGUUACCCUCUUAUGCAUCUGUAGCCUCACCCACAAUGAUGCCCAGGCAUCAAGCAACCGCAUAUUCUAAUGGAUAUCCUCGCAAGAGCGAUCCAUACUCUAAGAGCGACACAUACUCCAUAUCACCACAUAGAUUCCAACCAAGGACAUCACCACCAGCGCUGCGCCGUCGAAGGCAGCUCCUCGUUCGUUUGACUCUCGUCUUAGUAUUCGCAUUAGUAGUGGGACUAUUUAUAUGGCCUGGUGCCGCGGUCCUUCCAGUAUUAUCUUUUGGCCUCAUAUCUUCAGGGGAGGACUUUCAACUCGAAACCGUUCGAUAUUAUGAUCUUUCAAAUGUACAAGGGACCGCCAGAGGUUGGGAAAGAGAGGAGCGAAUCUUACUUUGUGCCCCCCUUCGUGAUGCCGAACCUCAUCUGCCAAUGUUUUUCGCCCAUCUUCAUAACUUUACAUACCCGCAUCAUCUUAUAGAUCUUGCAUUCUUGGUCUCUGAUUCCAAGGACAACACCCUAUCCUUGCUCUCGGAGCUUUUGGAGAAAUUACAAGCCGACGAGGACCCAAAACAACCAUAUGGUGAAGUAUCUAUCAUUGAAAAGGAUUUUGGGCAAAAGGUCAACCAGGAUGUAGAGAGUCGUCAUGGUUUUGCUGCUCAAGCAAGUCGAAGAAAGUUGAUGGCACAAGCUAGAAAUUGGCUGUUAAGCGCUGCACUACGUCCUUAUCACAGUUGGGUCUACUGGAGAGAUGUCGAUGUUGAGACCGCACCUUUCACAAUUCUAGAGGAUCUUAUGCGUCACAACAAGGACGUCAUCGUACCUAAUGUUUGGCGACCAUUGCCUGAUUGGCUCGGAGGAGAGCAGCCUUAUGAUUUAAAUUCAUGGCAAGAAUCCGAAACAGCCUUAGCUUUAGCUGAUACUCUUGACGAAGACGCAGUUAUCGUCGAGGGAUACGCGGAAUAUGCAACAUGGCGUCCUCAUCUUGCAUACUUGAGAGAUCCAUAUGGUGACCCUGACAUGGAAAUGGAUAUCGAUGGUGUUGGAGGUGUCAGUAUUUUAGCCAAAGCCAAGGUUUUCAGAUCCGGUGUCCAUUUCCCUGCGUUUAGUUUUGAAAAGCAUGCCGAGACUGAAGGAUUCGGAAAGAUGGCAAAGCGAAUGAAGUUCUCGGUGGUUGGAUUGCCUCAUUAUACUAUUUGGCAUUUGUACGAGCCAAGUGUUGAUGAUAUUCGUCAUAUGGAGGAAAUGGAACAAGAGCGCAUUGCUCGCGAAAAUGAAGAAAAAGAAAAGGCGGAACGUAAUAAGAAGAUGAAGGAACAGUUUGAUGACCCAACUCCACAAUGGGAGAAGGAUAAGAACGUCAUCGCAGAUGAAGCUCUUAAAGAGAAGAAGGAGAAGGAGAAAGCUGAAGUUAAAGCUAAGGAAGACGAUGGUGCUGCCAAGGCGCCUGACUCCAAGGCCGAAGAAAGUAAGCCAAAGGACAAAGUACAAUAACGGGAUUCAUUUGAGAGGCGUAUGAGGAAACUUGGUUAAGUGAGUAACACGAAUUAGCUUUUGGCUGGGCCUGUUCUUGACACGGCCACGAGGACAUCUAGAGAAUUACCACAACUUGACGAAUUAUUUCUAUCUUGUUAGUUGAGAGGGGGAAAAGCGUUCUUGAUGCCGAAUCGUAAAUACAGGGGAGUGUGGCCUUUCAGCACUUAAGUCUCAACUUCAAAGUGUAAUCUAGGUUGGAGUUCAUGUAAAAAUACAAACAGCAGUACUAUAGAAUUAAAUUAUUGAUAAACAAACCA